AUGGUCGCUUCCCGCCUUUUGCUAGCGCUGGCCUUGCUUCUCUCGGGCAGCCUGAGGUCGGUCCGGAGUCUCGAGGAGGCGCUCGGCUCCCAAGAACUCUUGGCCGAAGAACCCAAUGGCUACCCGGAGAGGUUAUUAGACUGGAUGGCUUUCUUCCUACAGCCACAAGAGGGUGAGGACCACACUGGUCAGAGCUUACCUGAUGACCAUCUGCUGGGCGUCCUUCUCCGGACAUUGUUCCAUGCUGUGCAGAGACCUGGUCGCAGUCCUUCCUUCCUAUUCCAGCCACAGAGGUUUGGCCGUGAAGUCAGAUCCAGCAAUUUGAGAAAUGCUGGCCGGAUCAAACCACGGGCUUGGGAUUCUCUGGCCCCUCAGUUUCUGAGUAUGGCUACCCCACAACGCUUUGGCAAGAAAAAAUGAAGCGGGAAAUAGCAAUCCGGAAAAAAUAAACACCAAAAGUAAUUGCUUCCUGAAUCCUGGCAAACUGGAUGAGAGCCACACCUUAAUUUUCUGCUUCAUUUCUGUGUCUUGUCACUCAGCCUUAGCUGGGUGGCCCAUCCCUGUUAAGGACCUGCAUUUUAUUUGUUGUCAACAAUAAUAAA